AUGUGUGUCACGGAGAUCUUUGUUGAUUCAUAUCCAGACCGGGCAGAAGUGGAAUUCCACUGGGUGAAGCUGUGCCAGCACGGAUAUCCAGAAGAUCCAUGUGACCUGCACGUCGUGAAGGAGAAACCCAUCCGAUUUAUACAAUACGGCGAGCCGACCUCCGAGUUCAUCAUCUCCCAGAUCAGGACCACGCCCCGCUCGCCUGCGUCCGCGCCCAUGGUCGAAGUCAUCGAGGAGGUAACGACGCCCAGAGCCAGACAGAAGAGGAGGCCCCUGUCCAACCUGCUCAUGGGGGCCUUGUUUCCUAGCACAACGAGAAGGAGAAGGAGGAGCUCCAGAUCCAAGUCAAGGGAGCGGGUGGUCAUCAUCAACGCACCGCCUUCGCCGACCCGACCUCGCACACCGCCACCGACCGCCUCGCCAAUAUACUACGACCCGAGAGUCUCCAUGCCGCCCAUGCCGCCACGGUAUGAGAGCAACGACGCGGCUUACAUAGUCGAAGUGUCGCCAUCCCGGGGCCGUCAGAGGCCAAUCAUCCAUGAGACAUCACGUCGUCCACGUUCGCCGAUAGAAUUCCGGUACACCUCCCCCAGUCGGCAACGUUCUCCCUCCCAGCGCCGAAAAGAUGAACGCCGACGCCGGCAGCGCCAGGAAGAGCGUGAUAGACAAGAGCUGCGCGAGCUGCGGGACCAAAGGGAGGCAAAAUUGGUGGCUGAAAUCAAGGAAGAGCGAGAACGUCGGCGCCGCGAAGAGUUCCUGAUGCUUCAAGAUGCGGAAAUCAAUGCACGACCCGUGCGCUUCCCGAGUCCAGCACCCAGAAUGCGAUCGAUCCUGAGGCCUGUCGUUGAUCAAAGCUGGAGGUGGACCAAUGUCAUUGAUGAUCUGGGCUUGAGCAUUCGAGGUGAACGGGUGAUUGCUGAGGCAAUAGCCGAUCGAGAAAGAGCUGAAUCGCGGGAGAGGCUGCUCAGGGAAAGACUUGAGGCGGAGGAGGCACAGAAAGAGAGGUUGAAGAGGCGGUUCACAGUGAGUGAGGGCUCUGGGCCAAGGGGCAGAAGGCACCGUGUUGUAUAUGAUGAUGGAACCUAUAGAUGGGCGGAUUGA